AUGAAAGGGAUCAAUUUUAGCAACCCGGGAGGUUUUAUCUUACUGGGUUUUUCUGACCAGCCCCACCUGGAGAUGGUUCUUCUUCUGGUCAUCUCUAUUGUCUACAUUCUGACACUGAUGGGGAACACAGUGAUCAUUCUCGUGUCAUUUCUGAGCCCCAAACUCCGCACACCCAUGUAUUUCUUCCUCUGCAAUCUCUCCUUUCUAGACCUCUGCUUCACUACCAGUAUUGUUCCACAGAUGCUUUGGAAUCUCAAGGGCCCUGAGAAGACCAUCACUUAUACUGGUUGUGUGAUCCAGCUAUACAUUGCUUUGGGGCUGGGCUCCACAGAGUGUGUGCUCCUGACUGUUAUGGCUUAUGACCGCUUCAGUGCUAUCUGUAGACCCUUGCACUAUGGUGUUAUCAUGCACCCAAAGCUCCUCCUGCAGCUAGCAGCUGUGGCUUGGAUCAGUGGUUUUGUAGAGUCUACAGUUCAGACCACCCUUGUUUUCCAAUUGCCUCUCUACAGUCAUCACAGGGUGGAUGAUUUUAUGUGUGAGGAACCUGCCCUGAUUAAAAUUGCCUGUGUGGACACAACUUUCCUGGAAAAUGAGCUCUCCAUAGCUACUGUCCUCUAUGUGGUUCUACCUCUGGGUAUUAUUCUGUUCUCUUAUGGAUGCAUUGUUAGGAGUGUACUGAGGAUAAAAUCCACUGAAGGAAGGAGGAAGGCAUUUGGGACCUGUGGGUCCCAUCUGAUUGUUGUGAUUUUGUUCUUUGGGACUACAAUUUCUGUCUACAUCCAACCUAAGAGCAAGUACACACAGAAUCACAGAAAAUUACUCACCCUCUUCUACACUGUGGUGACACCAUCACUUAAUCCUCUGAUAUAUACUUUGAGAAACAAAGAUGUUAAAUGGGCAAUCAAAAGGUUGCUGGCAAGAGACUCAAGUUAG